AUUCAUGUUGUUUAUUGACAGAGAAUAAUAACAUUUUGGCUAAACGUAUCAAAUUUUAACGAAAAUUCUAUGUGCAAGUAUAUAAACUUCAUUUGGUAAUUAAGUUAUCAAUUACUUGUCAAUUAUUUCUAGUCUAUUAUAGUAUUUCUCUAGAUAUUUUGUGGGUCAAAUAAAAAAUGAGAGAACUAGUCGACAAAGGAAAAGAGAUAUUUUUACGAAUAGUUUAAAAAUGAGUCUAUAAAUUAGAUGAAGGAAGCCCUUUAGUAAGUACUUCACACUUGACACAAUUCUAUCCAAAAUCAACCCAAAAAAAGAAAGAAAUAUGUGGGAUGAAACUGUAGCCGGACCUAAACCGGAGCAUGGCCUUGGCCGCCUCCGCAAUAAGAUCACCACCCAACCCCUUGACAUCAAAGGUGUAGGAGAAGGGAGCAGUAGUAAAACUGUGGCGGCGGUGGCCGGGAGUCCUGGAACUCCGACGACGCCAGGAUCGGCGCGUAAGGAAAACGUGUGGAGAAGUGUGUUUCAUCCAGGAAGUAACAUCGCCACUAGAGGAAUGGGCACAAACCUCUUCGACAAGCCUUCUCACCCAAACUCUCCCACCGUCUACGAUUGGCUAUACAGCGACGACACUAGGAGCAAGCACCGUUGAGCCGAGAGGGUAGAGUGACAUGAGAAUGAUGUAAAAUAAUUAUGUUCUUUACGCCACGUGUUUAUGUUCUGUUUCGUCUAUUUUGGCUAUAUGUGCAAUCUUUUAUUUGCUUCAUGUCGUUUGUGUUUGUUAGUGACCGUUGAUUUCCACCAUCUGGGUUAGUUUUUAGCUUUUAACGGUGGCGAUGCGUCUUCAGUGUCUUGUAAUAUUUUUACUGUUCGGUAAUAUUACAAUUAGCUUCUCUAAUGAUUUAGCUAACAAUAUAACUUAACUUAACUAUAAUU